AUGUCUAGUUAUUAUUGUGUACCAGGUGAUCGUCUGUGUCCAGCGGAUAGUGCCAGACCUGGUCCAGGCACGUAUGAAAAACAAGGGUGUAUUUUUGCAAGCAUAGCUGGCAGCAUUAAGUUAAAUUUAUCCGAAAAUGAACUAGGUGCAGUAUCACAUAAUAAGAAUACGUCAAAUAAUGAAAAACCGAUCAUUACUGUUGUUCGAGAAGAACAUCAAUUAGCUGUACCAACAGUUGGUCUGUUAGCUUAUUGUAAAAUAACACAUGUUUCACCACGUUUUGUCCGGUGUAAUAUGUUUGCUAUUAAUAAUCAACCAUUGAAAUCUAUUUGUCAUGGUAUGAUUAAACGCGAAGCCAUUGAUAGUAACAAUAAAGAUACAGUUGAAUGUAGCCAAAAGUUUAGACCUGAUGAUAUUGUUAUUGCAAGAAUUAUUUCACUGGGUGAUUCAAAUUCUUAUUUGUUAAGUACAGCUGAACCUGAGUUGGGUGUCGUUGCUGCGCGAACAUCGACAGGUGAAACUCUAGUUCCAGUAGCCUGUUGCAAAAUGCGUUGUCCGAAAACAAAUAUCAUCGAGUCACGAAAAGUUGCUAAAAUUCAAAAUGAUUUCAUCGAAGAAACAGAAAGAUAA